AAAUGAGACAUUAUUAAAGAGCACAAUUAGAACAGGAAAAGUAAUCAUUACGGUAACAGUGGCACGUUUGAAUUUGUAGAAUAAAAAUUUCAGUUUGUGUGCUGCUGAACACACUGCUGAGCAAAAAUAAACUCAAUAAAAAUAUAAGAACGUGUGACCGUUUAAAAUCUGACAACAAGCCCUGGAGGAGGGUAUAGCCUGAAGGAAAAGCCAUGAAACGCAGUUUUCUCUGGUGGAGUUGAGAGGUGGGRUGGUCCUUGUAGUGAUGUCAGCCCCCCCUCCUGUGAGAACAUCCAUUCCCCCCGCAGCGUCUCCUGAUUCUCUCCGAUCUGGAGCAGCUCACCGGAACGCAAAGAGCAGCUUUACGCACGGCGGUGACAGAGGGGCUGCUGCGUUUUACUGGAUUGUCAACUCUGAUUUUUUUCUUUUCUCAUUAUUUGCUGAUAUUUUUCAGACUUUCUUGUAAGGAAAAGGCAAGAAAUGUGCAGCUUCUUGAAGGAUUCACUGUAGAACCAAGAGCGUUACGCGCAAGCAUCGCCUUUUAUUUAUUUAUUUUUUUACUCUUUUCUUUGUUUUUAAAGCCGUGCACCCAGCCCUGGCUGAUUUUGGAACGCGAUACAAAGACCAAAGAUGAAACUAAAAACCUGUUUGCAGGCAGAAUGGAUUUAACCCGACUGAAUCUGCCUGUGGAAAACGUCUCCAGCGAUGAAAACACCACCGACGCGCCGCUCUCCCUGCCCUACACGGAGGCAGCCGCGGGACUCAUCAUCCUGGUGGUGAUUGUGAUCAUCUCCUUGACUAUCGUUGGCAACGUGCUGGUGAUCGUGGCGGUGCUCACGAGCCGGGCUCUCCGCGCGCCCCAGAACCUCUUCCUGGUCUCACUGGCCUCGGCGGACAUCCUGGUGGCCACGCUGGUCAUCCCCUUCUCCUUGGUGAAUGAGGUCAUGGGUUACUGGUACUUUGGGAGCACUUGGUGCGCCUUCUAUUUAGCCCUGGAUGUUUUGUUCUGCACCUCGUCCAUCGUGCACCUGUGCGCCAUCAGCCUGGACCGCUACUGGUCCGUGACCAAAGCGGUGAGCUACAACCUGAAGCGCACGCCGAAGCGCAUCAAGUCCAUGAUCUCGGUGGUGUGGGUCAUAUCCGCUAUCAUCUCCUUCCCGCCUCUCCUCAUGACCAAACACGACGAGUGGGAGUGCGAGCUGAACGACGAGACCUGGUACAUCCUCUCCUCCUGCCUGGUGUCCUUCUUCGCUCCGGGACUCAUCAUGAUUCUGGUUUACUGCAAGAUCUACAAGGUGGCCAAGCAGCGCUCCUCCACCGUGUUCGUGGCCAAGAACGGCCUGGAGCGGGAGCCCUCCCAGUCCGAGACGUGCUUCGUCCGGAAGGACCGCUUCGAGGGGGAGAGCCCCAGCAGCCAGAGCUCCGGGAGCCAGCAGCAGCGGCAGGGAGAGCUGGACGACAUCGACCUGGAGGAGAGCUGCUGCUCCUCGUCGGACACCAAGCCGCGCCACCACCGCUUCACCAAGCGCAGGAAGGUGGAGGGCUCGGACUGCUGCCCGCCGCAGAGCUGCCGCCUCUCCUGGGCUUCGGCGCGGGUCCUGCCGCCCGCACCGAGCCGGAACCCGGCCGAGCGGCAGCAGCUGGCCGCGGCCAACAAAACCAAGGUGGCCCAGAUGCGCGAGAAGCGCUUCACCUUCGUGCUGGCGGUGGUGAUGGGGGUGUUCGUGCUCUGCUGGUUCCCCUUCUUCUUCACCUACAGCCUGCACGCCGUGUGCAGGGCCAGCUGCCACAUCCCCGACGCGCUCUUCAAACUUUUCUUUUGGAUCGGCUACUGCAACAGCUCCGUCAACCCCAUCAUUUACACCAUCUUCAACAGGGAUUUCAGGAAAGCCUUUAAGAAAAUCAUAUGCAGAACCGCGAGGCGCACAUAACUGGAGCCUCGGUUCAGACACGAAUUAUGAACUCAGAGUCAUCAUUCAUGUAUUGUGAACUCAUGUAACUGUUUAUGAAUAAAUCUAAUCUGAUAAUGUGACAAAAAACAGAAGCAWUCAUACCUCAAAAUACCCGAACACCUAAAAUGUGGUUUUGAAAAGCUGUAAAUUCAAACCCCUGCUUUGGAUCCAUCACAGAUUCACCAUCUUUAACUUAUAACUGCUAAAAAGAAGGCAAACAAAAUGCCAACACACUCAAACAAUUCAUAAAAACAUACAUCUCUCCUUUGCUUUCUGCAAGUCUUCUUAUGUAACAGUCUUUUUCUCACAGCGCCUCACACCACAACAAGGAGCCAAAACUGAGGCCUGCGUCAACAAAACCAAGUGGGUCCAUCUUUCACAUUUCAUGUCCUCAGCAUGUUCAGAGUUAUAGGUCAGACCCAAGAAGCUUGUUCUCACUCUAUGAGUGGCUUAUUCUGCUGUAGUUGUUGUGCAGAUAAAGUAUUUAUUUUUAUUCUGUUGCAGAUCCAAAGUGUUUGCCUUAAGGAGAAAUGAAUCAGUCAUGUUUCCUACUUGGAAACAAGAACUUUACACUAAAAAAACAGCUUGUUGAAUGAAAAAAAAAAGGAUAUUUGGGAUAAAUGUUCCACACGGUUUGGUUUUAUUUCAAAAUAUUGUAUUUGGUUGUGGUCAACAUAAUCUUUAAGGGCUGUUUUUUUAUUUAGUUUUUUUUUUUUUAAGUUUGAUGUAUUUUUUAAUUGUUCUUGUUUAAUCAAUGUUGUGUUGCUUUUGUUAGUUUUGUUCAAAUGAAGCGAGAUUCAAAAGAAACUCAUUCAAACAUAUUUUAAACCCUGUUUAGUCAGGAGUUAAUGGAAGUAAAGAAUUUAAAUCGCUAAAAAAUAAAUAAAAAGAAAACUGCCAAUA